AACUAUUGAGUCAUACAUAUUUAAACAUAAGCACUAGCGAUUAGUGAUAUCGUACAACACCCAUUUGCUUUAGUAAAGAUAGGGUUAGUGAAAUGUCCAAAAGAACAUUACCACUCUGGAUGAUGGCCCAACGUAAGCCCAUACCGAAGCCAGAAUCUCGAACGGAUGAAAAUCACAGUGAAAAUAAGCCACCGUUCUCGGAGACGAGUCCGUCACUCGAAACGAAUUCCAACGAUGGACCGAAGGACGAACCACCGAAGCGGCGCCUUCGAAGCAACUAUACAUUUCCAUCGGCGGAGAAACAACCGGAUAUGAAGAUCGAAUAUCUUCCGUUUGCGGAAUACCACGGUGUGAUCGAAUACUACACCACCAUGCACGAUAUAGCCUUCUGUUGCCACCAACUGUUGCAGUGGGUACACAGUCAGUUGAGUGAUUCCGCUGCAAGCAUACCGAUAGCAUUCGAUUUGGAGUGGCGAUUCAGCUUCCGGACUGGACCGGGUAAAACAGCGCUGAUGCAGCUAUGUGCCACCACCGACCGCUGCGUGCUGCUGCAAUUGUCGUGCCUGAAGCGACUGCCUUUGGCCCUGCUGGAGCUCCUCUACCAUCCGAGGGUGGUGCUGCACGGAGUGUGCAUCAAGAACGACAUGCGCAAGCUAGCGCGCGACUUCCCGGAGGUGGACGGAGAUCGGUUGAUUUCUAAAUGCUGCGACCUUGGCCAGUGGUACAAUACGCUGCAUGACUCCACUGGUAGGUGGAGUAUGGAGCGGCUUGUGCAAGCCGUCUUGAGGCAGCGCAUCAACAAAAACAAUGCGGUGCGCAUGAGCCGAUGGGACGUGCUACCGUUGAGUGAAGAUCAGAAGUUGUAUGCAGCAAUGGAUGUUUAUAUAACGCAGCAACUGUACCUCAAGCUGACAGAGAAGCAGCAGCAGCAGCUAGCGGAGCAGGAAGUGGAUGCGCAAUUGGAGCAGCAACUGAUAGUAACUCCAUCGGUAUCGAUCGACGUGUUGCCUGCUAAGUGUUUGCCACCAAACUCCGCUCAACAGGACACAAACCACAAACUGCCAGCUGACAAAAGUGCACACGAAUACGAGGAAACAGCAAAGCGGCAGCAUUAG